UCAUGGGUUUCCGUAGUUGAAAGUGUAAACGGUGGCGCAUGCACCCCGUCGCGUUAAAAUAUCUUCUCUUUCAAGGGACCUGAUGAUGAGUGAUAUGCGCCAGUCGUUGCUACGUCGAGAUGCGCUGAGCGCCGCUAAAGAGGUGCUGUACCAUCUGGAUAUCUACCUGUCUGGCCAGGUUCAGAAUAACCCCUCCCCCUCGGUGGACACGCCCACUCUGGAGCUAGUGGAGGAGUUUAUACUGCACAGGAGGAUGAGUGCCUUACAGGAGCUGCAGCUGUUGGAGAUCAUGUGCAGCUGUUUCCAGGAACAGAGUCGAGACGCUGUGAGACAACUCAUUUUCUCUGCCCUGUUCACUCUACAAGGUAACCAGGCUGACGAGAGUCGCAUGGCGUUGCUAGGCAAGCUAGUUUCCAUGGCGAUCGCUGUGGGCAGGGUCCCCAUCCUGGAGUGUGCUGCUACCUGGUUACAGCGGUCCCAUCCUGUCUACUGUAGAAGACUAGCCAGAGUGUUGGUGGAUGACUAUUGUUCCCUACUUCCUGGUUCCAUGGUUCCAACCCUCAACAACCUCAGCUGUUCCUGUCGUCCAUUCUGCUGCCAGUUCAUCACUGCUGUUACCACCCUGUAUGACCUCUCUACAGAGGAGUUGACUCCCCCUGUACAGCUGCUACAGAUGGUGGUGUCCUGGAUCCAAGACCAACCUCGAUUGGUCCUCAUCACUCUGCUGAACACGCCCCCCUCCUCCAGCCAGCCAAUCGGCUCCCUGGACCUCACACCGCUGGCUGGGCUGGUGCGCUGGUGUGUCAAAGCCCCAUUGGCUUACAGAAGAGACGGGAAGCAGGACUUGGCCAAUGGGACGACAGAGACUGAGCUGGAGGCAGGGCCUCUCUUCUCUGAGCUACAUCUCAGUGUCCUGCAGGUGUUACUGCUCCUCCCGGGCGUUCUGAGAGAGAAGGGGCUUCUGGGUCGUCUGGCGUUGCUGCAGCCCGACCAGCUGACUUCUCUGAUCUCUGACCUCUCUGGUCUUCUGGAGGAGCUGAACCCUCUCCACUCCGAUACACAAACACACAUCCAGCUCACUCUGGAUAGGCUGGCCCAGGCCCUGCAGGUGUCCAUGGCAGCAGGGGCGCUGCUCUGCUCUAGAGAGGACCUGAGAGCUCUCUGUUCCCUCCUCCCACACAACAAUUUGCUCCAGCUGGUGAUGUCUGGUCCAGUGCAGCAGAGUGGAUUCUACCCCCACAUCCACACCCCUCCUCUGGGGUACAGCCCCCGGCCCAGCCCCUUAGGACCUCACCCUUCCUCUCACUCUCCCCAUCCCUCCUUCCCUUCUCAACCUUUCCUUCCAAGCAUGGCCUUUCCCUUCCGCCCCAGCCACUAAAGAGAUGUGUGGACACAUGGAAGACAACAACAUUGGUGUAUACUGAGUAUUUGGACUGUUUGUCAAAUCAAUCUGUUUUACCAUGUUUCAUUAAUAAAUUGUACAUCCUUCCACCCAUGUUUUGUAUAAUAAAUGGACCACAGCGUCUAUGCCCUCCCACCUAUCUGUUCAUUAAUAAAUUGACCACAGCGUCUAUGCCCUCCCACCUAUCUGUUCAUUAAUAAAUUGACCACAGCCUGUACACCCUUCCACGUAUGUUUCAUGAAUUGUAUAUAUUUAUUUAACCUUUAUUUUGACAGGGAAGACAUAUUGAGACAUAUGUCUCUUUUCCAAAUGCGCCCUGUAUAGUACAAUAUAAAUAUACACAUUAAAUACUACAUAUAUAAUUUAAAGUAUUGUUGGGGGAAUUAUUUGUGGGUGAAUGUAACUGUUUUUUCUGGGUGAUGUGACAUUUUAUUUGUGCUUACCAUGACUGUGUUUUGGACACACCUUCUCAUUCAGGGUUUUUCUUAAUUUUUUAUUUCCCCUUAAUUUAACCAGGGAGGCCAGUUGAGAACCAUUUCUCAUUUACAACUGCGACCUGGCCAAGAUAAAGCAAAGCAGUGCAACACAAACAACACAGUUACACAUGGGUUAAACAAACGUACAGUCAAUAACGCAAUAGAAAAUCUAUAUACAGUGUGUGUAAAUGUAAGAUUAGGGAGCUAAGGCAAUAAAUAGGCAAUAGCGUUGAAAUAAUUACAAUUUAGCAUUAACACUGGAGUGAUAGAUGUGCAGAAGAUGAUUGUGCAAGUAGAGAUACUGGGGUGCAAAGGAGCAAGAAAUAAAUUAAUAUGGGGAUGAGGUAGUUUGGUGUGCUAUUUACAGAUGGGCUGUGUACAGGUUCAAUGAUCUAUAAGCUGCUCUGGCAGCUGAUGCUUAAAGUUAGUGAGGGCGAUGUAAGUCUCCAGCUUCAGUGAUUUUUGCAAUUCGUUCCAGUCAUUGGCAGCAGAGAACUGGAAGGAAAGGCGGCCAAAGGAGGAGUUGGCUUUGGGGAUUUUCUACAUUGUAGAAUAAUAGUGAAGACAUCAAAACUAGGAAAUAACACAUAUGCAAUCAUGUAGUAACCAAAGAAGUGUUGAACAGAUCAAAAUAUAUUUUAUAUUUGAGAUUCAUCAAAGUAGCCACCCUUUGCCUUGAAGAGAGCUUUGCACACUGUGCUGGGGAAUAAUUAGAAUUGGUUGGUAACAUAGGUAAGAUGUUUUAUAUUCAUCAUAUGUUUGUAAGUUACUUCUCAUCAGAAUGUCAUUUUUGUAUAAUACUAUGGCGGGGUUGCAGUAUCUGUUCUAUGUCAAGACUAAGUUGCUUGGGCCGGAGAGAGGGGAGAGGUCAAGCGUGUAUCUCUUGGCUCCACAAUGUUUGUGCCAGUCAGUGUGUCUCUGUGAUCUUCUCAAGAUAGGAUGGAUUUGAUAUAUGCCUGUUGAUAUGGAGGAUUUGUUUAUGGUUCUGAGUUUGAGAAAAGAGCAUAGUUUAGGAGACAAAGCUGAACGAUGAAUUAUGUCUAUGCUGUCUGGCUAUGUGUGUCUUUUGCUAUUUAAGGAUCUCAGUUGCAAUGUGUAAGGAACUCUCAGAUAAUUCAUUGAUAGACACUGAAUUGAUCUGAGAGUCACAGGGUUGUGAUAGAGCUCAUAUAAUUAAAGAUGGACUUUGAUAACUAA